AUGGCCAGCCUCCAAGAUAUCAUGAACGUGGACGAGGACCAACUCGAAUCCCACACUAUUAAGAACGACCAGGUCCCGGCUCCAUCAGGCAGACAUCAUCAACCCUACUUGGCACCAAGCGCAGUUUACAACACAGGCUAUGCAACUGGUGAGGAUCAAGCAGACCGUUCAAGCACACCACAAGGCACGAAGCGAAGCUCAUCCUCCCGCACCUCCAAGUCGAACACCACAGGCUCGUCAUCCUCAUCUGUUCGACCAGUCAACACCCGUCGAAGAAGCAACGUCAGCACCGAUUCCAUGGAGCAACCACACUACGGAUACGGCCACGCAGGGCCCUCCAGCGGCGGCCUUGAUCCCUCUGGCCAGCCCAUGAGACCUUAUGGCAGCGUGCCACCUGGAGGAGAGGUUCCCGUCAAGUUGACUCCCAUCACCGGUCGUGUCAGUAGGGCAAAGAAGGGUAUGAAGGUCCAUACAUGCGACCUCUGUCGUCCUCCAAAGACGUUCACACGCGCUGAGCACCUAAGACGACACCAGCUGAGCCACGAGACUCCCCAAUAUGGGUGCUCAAUUCCGGGUUGCGAUAGGGCGUUCCACCGCAAAGACCUACUUGAGCGUCAUCAGCAACGACAUGAGCUUGAGGGCGAUAAAGCAUCGAGGAGUAGAGGAGGGAGUCAAAGUCGCCGAACCUCGGCCGCCUCUUUGGAUGCAGGAGUCCGCAACAUAGGAUUACAACCUCCCCUGCUCGGAUACCCUACGAGCGCAACGACACCGAUCCACGGCAUCCCGAUGACAUCGAGUAUGUCGCAUCCUGGCACAUACCAGUCCAUGAAUGCGUCAGACGUCAGCAAAUCUAUGUCUCCUCACUUGGGAAAUGAAAGCUAUCGCCCUUCGUCUGGUGGUCCUGGGUAUGGUGGUGGCUAUUCUUUAACUGGCCAACCCUCACAACAACCCAUCCUACAGCCUUCAAAUAGCGGGUUCAACACCUCGCCCUCGUUUUCCUCCAUCGACUACCAGCCUCGUACAACUCCCGACUAUCCUCCGUUGUAUCUCCAGACUUCGGGGCUAGAACUGCAAACGCCCGAGCUUUCGCACGCUCAGGAUCCCAUAGGCUGGCCAUCUUCAGCUUCUGACAGCACUUAUUCAACGCCUUCCGAUAAUUCGCGACGCGCAAUCUGGCCGACAGCAGGGCCAGACUGGCAGAGUAACCUCCUCUCGCCUUGCCCAGUCGGCUACGAGAACAUUGGAGCCACCGGCCCUAUGCUAUACCAAUACUCGACCUCCCCCCGGCUCAGCACUCCACAGGUGUACCCGAUGCUCGGCACUUCCAUACCUAGCUACUCUGACGAGCAGACAUUCCGUGACCCUCAACAACAGCCACGGUUCCCCAAUACUGUUCGUAGCCUAACCCCGCCGGUGACGUCGGCAUCGGCUCAAAGUUGUGAUACUCUAGUCAUCCCGUCGACGGCACUACCAUCGGACCGGGUGAUAAACUCAUUUGCCUGCUCGGGCCGUCAAAAGGAGAUGGCGUCGGGCCUCCUGGCGGCCCCGGCCCUGAUGCAGGGCUCCUUGCCUAUGCCUGUCUGUAGAGCCAUUCCCGCCUACCUCGAUGUCUACUGGGAAAAGUUUCACCCUCAUUUCCCUAUCGUACACCGAAGGACUUUCGAGGCCGCGGCGGAGCAGCUUGAAGUGCUUCGUUGUGCCAUGGCUGCAGUGGCGACUCAAUACAUGAGUGGUAAGGAGGAUCGCAUCAGGGGGGAUCAGCUGCAUGAAUAUGCCUGGCAACAAUCCAGACGCUUCCUCCAGUGGGACGUGUCCGUCAUGCAAGCGAUUCUGCUAUGUGAGUACUUCGCGCGGUUCCGCGGCCGAAGAGCAGCCAUCAGGCCAUCGAGAGAAUUUGAAUCCGUUUAUUCAAGGGUAUACGACAAUGCAGACAAGGCAGUCAUAUUUGGCGCCGUACCUCGGACCGGAACCAACACCGUCAGGUGGCAUACUUGGCUUGAUGCGGAGGCCCGCCGUCGCCUGCUCUCAGCGUGCUUCGUCCUGGAUGUUCACAGCUCGGUUUACCUGGACCAGCCAAGAGCCCGCAACUUUGAUAUCACGCCCGAUGGCAUGCCACCCAAUAUUCCUCUCACCGGCCCGACUCAGGACAUCUGGGAUGCACCCAGCGCCGAUGCAUGGGCGGCGAUGGUCUCGUCCAAGAGAGUCUCUCUGAGUGACCAGACACUCCUGUCUCUAAUCAACCCAGACACCUUGUCGAGAACAACAGUCGACGCACACGUCCCUUUCGACCGCGCAGUGAUUCUGGCCUUCGAGGUACUCUUGCUCCCUCCUCGUGGAGAAGCCGCACACAUUUCUUCUUCAACAGAGAUACUAGAGCCGCAGGCUUUCCGCAUGGCCAACAUAUUUUCGGACUGUCCCGUGGCCAACACCUACCUGGCUCUUCACCACACCCCUCUUCACGAUCUACUAGCCGUGUCAGGCGACAGUUGGAUCUUCAGUCAUAAGGUCCUCGAGUCCAAGCAGUUCGACGAGCACAAGAGGCGGCUCAGGGCGUGGACCGACUCGGGCAGCGCCGCUGUCGCCUUGGUCUUUGCCUGCCGGGCUCUUCGCGCCUUCACCGAGCACGGCAACUUGGAAGUAGACUCGGACGACGAAGAUGACAUGGAUGUACAAGAGGAUGGCCGACCUCGGAUGUGGAAGGACGACAUCUCGGACUACUGGGGCAUGUACGUCUGCGCCCUCAUUUGUUGGGCCAACGGGCACCGCAUCAACGGCGGCGAAGCAAGUCGCGGCGGUUUCGACAACGAUGACGACGCGCUUCAGUUGAUUCGCACUAUUGCGAACAUGGGAGUUAAGAGCGCCAUGGAGACGCCCUUGAAGAAGGAGGCCACGAUCGUCGUGGCCCUCGUGAGAAGAUGGCUCGAGGUGGAUUGCCUUGGCAAUCGUAGCCGACUCUACGUUGACGCGGUCGGCGUGCUGAGUAAGUUGGCGGAGGGUUGCACUUGGAAGUGGUUUUAA